AUGUUACCGGUGAAUUUUGGCACGGCUCGACCUUACAGAAUAUUAAGGGAGCAUUUAACUGGGCCUAUUUCACAAAAACUUUCGCAGUUUUUGAAUAAGGUUGGUGUGCAUGGAUGCACUUAUGUUAUCCAAGGAGAACUGUUAACGUUUUGUCGUCGACUUCAAUAUAUCGAAGUGAUCCUUAAAAAGAGUGAGAAUGGCGUCGUGUAUCAGAAAAUGGGUGAAGAAGAAUUGAUUCGAUUGAUGAUUGCGGCAAUUAUCAAAAAUUUUGAUCAAGAUCUUGGUAAUUGCUCCAUACUGCACCAGCUUAUCGUAAGACGGAACAAAAUGCAGUCUUGCAGUGAACGAGACCAUGGAUCAUGCAAGAUGCUGUUUUCGCUUUUAUAUUGGAUGCCGCACAAAAUGCGUCAAAACCUUUUGAGUCGAAAAAUUAUGAGUUCUGGUCGAACUUUGGUACAUUUUGUAGCAGCGGUCGGUGAUCCAUGCUUAAUGAAUGUGCUCAGAAAUUUUGAUUUCUCUGUUGAUGUAUUAGACAAUUAUGGGAAUACUCCAUUGUUUUGGGCAUUAAAACAUGACAGUAUCGAAAUGGUGAGAAGAUUAUUGUGGUAUGGUUCGGAUAUAUCUUUCAAGCAGUCUUUGUCUGCACUUAUCACCAAUUCUAAAGUCGAAAAAUUUUUUAUUGCCCGUCGUGAAGCUCUUGAAAUUUUAAUUAAUGAGUGGAUAAAUGAAUUUGUUUCUGGUGUAUGGACGUUGAAUGUGGAUGCGGCAGUCUCUGAUGUUCAUUUCACUCGCGUCCUUUGCGAAGAUCUUCAGUCACUGGAUAAGAAGACAAUUAUUUUGUUCAUCAUCCCAUGCUUCUAUAAAAAUGAAGAUCGGUUCGCCGCUGUAAAAGAUCCUAAACUUAGCCGCUCUUCGUUUUAUAAUAAACAGACUGGUGAUAUAAUAAAAAUUUUCAAAAAAAGACCACGGCUGAUGCGAGAAAAUGGCGAUUCAGAUGAAUGCAUUCCUCUCAAUGCGGCAUUUACCAUUCCUCAUAAUGGUCUAUUCUAUGCUUAUGAGAUGCCCAAAGUGUUUAAAGAUACAUAUAAAUUGCAAUUGACUUUAAAUAAUCUGCAACAACUUGAAAGCAAUGCGCAUGCUAUGCUCCUUGCAUUCAGGGUGCUUUCGUGCUCAGCUCCACUUUAUUCAGAAUGGCAUUUGCGUUACAAAUGUGAUAAGAAAAAAGUAGCGUAG